GGAGGGCCACCUCAGUGAUUGAUGUUCACUAAAAAAAUAAAUACACAAAUAAAUAAACAAGCAAACAUUUAUUCAUAGGCAAAAUGAAAUUAUAAUUAACAUCUAGCUGUGGGCCAGGUAGUUUCAGUCUAAAUUAAACAUAAAUAUGAGUGGAUGUGAAAUGUUGCUUGUCUCUGAUUUGUGACAUUGAUUUGAGGUCAUUGGUUACAACCAUCAAGAAUGUUGACCAUAACCAUAUCUGGUUAUUAGUCGGGUAUAAAUGUUAAAAUCCAUUUAUCAAUGUAGCUGCUGGUUGUUGCGGGACAGAAUUAGACUUACCUGUUCUCCAUCCAUCUCCAAACAACCAGAUACACCAAGAUGAAGACGGCUACAAACAUCUACAUCUUCAACCUGGCCCUGGCGGACGCCCUGGCCACCAGCACGCUUCCCUUCCAGAGCGCCAAAUACCUGAUGAGAACAUGGCCCUUCGGGGAGUUUUUGUGUAAAGUGGUCAUCGCCAUUGACUACUACAACAUGUUCACCAGCAUCUUCACGCUCACCAUGAUGAGUGUGGACCGCUACAUCGCUGUGUGUCAUCCGGUGAAAGCCCUGGAUUUCCGCACACCUGCCAAAGCCAAACUCAUCAACGUCUGCAUCUGGAUCCUCUCCUCUGCCGUCGGAGUCCCUGUGAUGAUCAUGGCAGUUACCGAGGUGACAGAUAAAGGAAAUACAGCAUGCAUGCUCCGAUUUCUCAAACCAGAGUGGUACUGGGAUACACUGAUGAAGAUCUGCGUGUUCGUCUUCGCCUUCGUUGUGCCCGUCCUGGUCAUCACUAUCUGCUACGGUCUCAUGAUCCUACGACUCAAGAGCGUCCGUCUGCUCUCUGGCUCCAAAGAGAAAGACAGGAACCUGCGGAGGAUCACCCGCAUGGUCCUGGUGGUGGUGGCCGCCUUCAUCAUCUGCUGGACCCCCAUCCACAUCUUCAUCAUAGUCAGGACCAUGGUGGAUAUCAACCACAAUAACUUGUUUGUGAUGGCCAGCUGGCACCUGUGCAUCGCGCUGGGCUACACCAACAGCAGCCUCAACCCCGUGCUGUACGCCUUCCUGGAUGAAAACUUCAAGAGGUGCUUCAGGGAUUUCUGCCUGCCUUACCGCGCUCGUUUGGAGCAGAGCAGCUUCUCCAGAGCACGUAAUAGCACAAGGGAGCCAGCCUCCGUCUGUGCUCCCAUGGGGACAGAGAGGCCGCCGGCAUGACUAGGCAUGGCUCAGUUUGGGGGU